AAGUCGGGUUGGGCCGCGGUGGCGGGGCCGUCUCAGGCCGCCGUCCCGCCCCUCCCGUCCGGCCGCCACCGCCGCCGCCGCGGCCUGGGGGUUGGUUGAGGCGGACGGUGGGGUCCGGACUGGACUGUGGCGCCGCCGCUGCGCGAAAGGGAGCGGACAGAAGGAAACCUCAGGACCUGGCAUGUGAGUGUCAGAAAAUGGGUAAGAAGAGUCGAGUAAAAACUCAGAAAUCAGGCACUGGGGCUACAGCCACUGUGUCUCCGAAGGAAAUCUUAAACCUGACCAGUGAACUGUUGCAGAAAUGUAGCAGUCCUACACCUGGCCCAGGAAAGGAAUGGGAAGAGUAUGUACAAAUCCGAUCUCUGGUUGAGAAAAUACGGAAAAAGCAGAAAGGUCUGUCUGUUACUUUUGAUGGAAAAAGAGAAGAUUACUUUCCCGAUCUAAUGAAAUGGGCCUCUGAAAAUGGGGCUUCUGUCGAAGGUUUUGAAAUGGUCAACUUCAAAGAAGAGGGCUUUGGUUUGAGAGCAACAAGAGACAUCAAGGCAGAAGAGUUAUUUUUAUGGGUUCCCCGAAAAUUACUAAUGACUGUUGAAUCUGCUAAAAAUUCGGUAUUGGGGCCCUUGUAUUCUCAAGACCGGAUUCUUCAAGCCAUGGGAAACAUAGCGCUGGCCUUCCACCUCCUGUGUGAGCGAGCCAGCCCCAACUCUUUCUGGCAGCCCUACAUUCAGACCCUCCCCAGUGAAUAUGACACUCCCCUCUACUUCGAAGAAGAGGAAGUUCGGUGUCUUCAGUCGACACAAGCUAUCCAUGAUGUCUUCAGCCAGUAUAAAAACACAGCUCGACAGUAUGCCUAUUUCUAUAAAGUCAUCCAGACCCAUCCUCAUGCCAGCAAACUGCCCUUGAAGGAUUCUUUCACUUACGAGGACUACAGGUGGGCAGUCUCUUCUGUUAUGACACGACAAAACCAAAUUCCCACGGAGGAUGGUUCCCGGGUGACCCUGGCCCUGAUUCCUCUAUGGGACAUGUGCAAUCACACCAGUGGCCUGAUCACCACUGGUUACAACCUGGAGGACGACCGCUGUGAGUGUGUGGCUCUGCAGGACUUCCGGGCUGGAGAGCAGAUUUACAUUUUUUAUGGCACUCGGUCAAAUGCAGAGUUUGUGAUCCACAGUGGUUUUUUCUUUGACAAUAAUUCACACGACAGAGUGAAAAUCAAGCUUGGAGUGAGUAAAAGUGACCGGCUGUACGCCAUGAAGGCCGAGGUGCUGGCACGUGCCGGCAUCCCAACUUCCAGUGUCUUUGCGCUGCACUUUACGGAGCCGCCCAUCUCUGCACAGCUUCUGGCUUUUCUCCGAGUGUUCUGCAUGACCGAAGAGGAACUGAAAGAACAUUUGCUCGGAGAUAAUGCUAUCGAUAGAAUCUUCACCUUGGGGAACUCGGAGUUUCCUGUUAGCUGGGACAAUGAGGUCAAACUUUGGACAUUUCUGGAAGACAGAGCCUCACUUCUUUUAAAAACAUAUAAAACAACAAUUGAGGAAGAUAAAGCCGUACUGAAAACCCAUGACCUUUCUGUUCGUGCAACAAUGGCCAUCAAAUUACGCUUAGGUGAAAAGGAGAUUUUGGAAAAAGCAGUGAAGAGCGCGGGUGUCAACCGAGAAUACUACCGGAAACGCAUGGAGGAGAGGGCGCCGCUUCCCAGAUAUGAGGAGAGUAACCUUGGGCUGUUGGAGGGCAGUGUCGGGGACUCGAGUCUCCCCCUGGUCUUGAGAAACCUCGAGGAGGAAGCCGGGGUGCAGGAGGCCUUAAGCCUCAAGGAGGCUGUCAGCAAAGCCAAGGCUGCAGAAAACGGGCUCGUCAAUGGUGAAAACUCUAUCCCCAAUGGGACCAGGUCCGAAAACGAAAAUCUAAAUCCAGAAGGAAGUAAACGAGCAAAUGAAGAAGCCAAAGAAUCUUCUUCAGGUAGCACCGAGGAAGCAAGAGAGCAGCUCUGAGGCACAGCACCGUGGCCGGCAAGCCCAGUUCAGCGGAAGCGUGUGGACAGUCCAUGUACAUCGCCGUGUUCCCUGUUAACAUUUUUCUUUCUGCAGAGAGGAAAAUAUGUUUUUGCUGCUUUAUAUAAAAAUGAUUUUUUAAGUUAUUUUAAAGAUCUAGCUUCCCUUUUGAUUAAGAUUGCCAUCUUGCUUCUAGGCAAAACAAAUAAGUUAGCAGCAGCAAGGGAGGAGGCGCCUUUGGAAGAUUCUGCAGGCCCGUGACGGGCACUUGUGUUUUCUUCCUGGGGAAGAACUCGGCUCCUUGCUCAGCUGUGCUUUUGUGGGCCUGUCAGCCUGACGGCCGGAAUUAAAGCUUGCUCUGCCUCCUGCCAAGAAGCGUCGAUGGGACUCUGGGUGUUCAGCGGGAAGGUGGGGACACAGCGCAGCAGAAAGCAAGAGUGAGGGUAGGAAACUAAAUUUAGAGUCUGGGCAAAAUCUUUUUUUUUUUUCUUCUUAAAAAAUAAUAACCCAGUACCAAAAGCAAAGGUAAGGUGGCAACCUUAUUUUUAAUAGUUUUAAAUGUUGAUGAUAAUCCUAAUUAUAUAAAUAUAUAUACACACACAUAUAUAUCUAGUGAUUUCUAAAGAUUUGUUUACUUUUUGUGUUUUGUUUCACUGUAAUGAGAAAUUGUCCCUUCUCCUGGAAUCCAAGUAGGACACACAUCCUCCUCCUAAUUUUAAACGUUGGCUCUGAUCUCAAAGUGGUGCGCUUGAUUCCCAGUGUUGGUGACAGAGUCUGCAAUCACAGGGCCCGCAGCCUUGUGUGCUGUGUUCAAGGUGAGGCGGCUCCCUGGCUUAUCUGGUUUCACAAGCUAGAGAUUUUCAAAGCUACCCUUUUGAGUAAAAUCCCUUAUUAAAAGGACA